AUGCCGGUAUUGACAUGUAAAGUGGGUCCCCGGUAUAAAUCCUGCCUCCCUCCCCCGGCUGCGAACUCCCGGGGCCGCUGGUUCCCGGAGAGGGGGAACAUGAUCACCCAGCCCGGAGGGCAGGAGAAACCGCAGCUUUGCAGCUUCCGCAAGAUCUCAAAACCCUUGAUGGAGAAGAAGAGAAGAGCCAGGAUCAAUGUGUCUCUGGAGCAACUGAAGGCUCUGCUAGAAAAGCACUAUUCUCACCACAUCAGAAAGCGCAAACUGGAGAAGGCAGAUAUCCUGGAGCUGAGCGUCAAGUACAUGAAAAGCCUCCAGAAUUCUGUCCAAGGCGCUGACUACCAGGCCGGCUUCCGGAGCUGCCUGCACGGGGUGAACCAGUUCCUGCUGCGCUCCGAGGGGGCCAGCGAGGCGUCCUCCUUCCACCUGCUGCAGGAGCUGGCCCGGGCCGCCCCGCGGGUGAGCGGCUCCGGCUGCAGCACCACGGACAGCACCCCCCUGGCGCCGCGCCCGGAGCCCCGGGGCUCCCGGCCCGGCGGCCGCGCGGCCGCGCAGAGGGGGCCUGUCUCCCCCCAGCGCCCCCGGGCCCCUGGCGCUCCCAGCUCCCAGCCCCGGACGGAGCCGGGCGCUGCUGCCCCGCGGCGCGGCCCCCUGCAGCAAAGACCCGCCGGGCCCAGCAGGAGCCAGGCGCUGUGGCGGCCCUGGUAA